CUUUAUUUAUUGAGGCACUCUCCCUGAGGUUUAUUCCUGGACUUGCCAGGAGCGUGUAGGCGUACAUGAAACCCGCUGCCUGCGUGGGUUUCCCGGAUGGAGCAGCGCCGCCAUCUUUACGCCAGAGCUCCCGGUGGGUCUUCGGUUCAGCGGAGCGACAGAGCUGGUGCUGAUCCACCAACAGGAACCUCCGAGCAGCAGCUAAUCUUCCCUUUACGACGGGACGCCAGUUGCAGUCCCCCACACGAGCACCAUGACGGACCGAGAGGACCUAGUUUACCAGGCGAAGCUGGCCGAGCAAGCGGAGAGAUAUGACGAAAUGGUGGAGUCGAUGAAGAAGGUGGCCAGUAUGGACGUGGAGCUGACGGUGGAGGAGAGGAACCUGCUGUCUGUAGCGUACAAGAACGUGAUCGGAGCCAGACGAGCCUCCUGGAGGAUAAUCAGCAGCCUCGAACAGAAAGAAGAAAACAAAGGAGGAGAGGACAAACUAAAGAUGAUCCGAGAAUACAGGAAAACGGUUGAGAAAGAGCUGAAAUCAAUCUGCAACGACAUUCUGGAUGUACUGGACAAGCACCUCAUUUUAGCUGCAGUGACAGGAGAGUCAAAGGUUUUCUACUACAAAAUGAAGGGAGAUUACCACAGGUACCUGGCAGAGUUCGCCACAGGCAACGACAGGAAGGAGGCAGCAGAGAACAGUUUGGUUGCAUACAAAGCUGCUAGCGACAUCGCCAUGAUCGAACUCCCUCCAACGCACCCCAUCCGCCUGGGACUGGCCCUUAACUUUUCAGUUUUCUAUUAUGAAAUCCUCAAUUCGCCAGACCGUGCAUGCGGUUUGGCGAAGCUGGCGUUUGACAACGCCAUUGCAGAACUGGACACGCUGAGUGAGGAGAGCUAUAAGGACUCAACACUUAUCAUGCAGUUGCUACGUGACAACUUGACACUAUGGACCUCAGAUGUGCAGGGAGAUGGUGAAGAACAGAACAAAGAAGCACUGCAAGAUGCGGAGGAAGAGACCCAGUGAGACCGAACAACUCGAGACAAGCCCUCCUCUUCUUCCUCCUCCUCCUCCUCCUCCUCUUCUUCCUCCUCCAUGGUUUCUCUCCUGUCCCCAGCCACAGUUCUCAGCUGGGCUUCUCCUGCAGCCCACUCUCUUCCUCUUCCUCCAUCUCUCCUCCUCGUAUGCACGUCCUCUCCCGGGUCUUCUCCUCCACUCCUCCUGGGGUUUUACCUUUAUUUUGCAAGCCUGUACCCUUUAAGGUCCCUGUCCUCUCUUUUACUGUUUUUAUUUCGCUUUACUUUGCUGUAUCAUCCGUUGCCAAGUACGCUCGCCUGUAUUUGUAACACACACAUAUGCAAGAGUUUAUUUAAAGAGGAUUCUUUGCUGUUUUUCCUGUGUAUGUGUGUUUAUGAACAGUUUCUCGUCCAUACUUUAGUCAGUCGGAAACAUUUCAGUUUGCGAAUAGAGGAAAUGGAGCAGUGAUGGGAGGCUUAAAAGGGAUGUGUAAAAGCUUUUAAGAAGAACUAAGUGCCCUCUUUACUUUGUGGUUACAAAAACCUGCUCCUUGCACACAUCAUCGGUGUUUCUUUUUUUAAAUACAGUCGACAACAAGCAGAAUGUCCCCCCUCUCCGAGCAUCGCUCUGACCUCUAUCCUUGUCCACUCUCGGACCAAGUAUUGUUGCUGCGAGGCUGUAGAGCUUUAGCUAACGGCAGAUAGUCAAGUAAAGGCUUUUUAGCAGACGAGGCGUGCGCGUGUGUGCGUGGGAGGGGAAUGCUCCACACUCUUUGAUUGUAACGUGAUGCAGUUUCUGCAUUGGCACUAUAAGAAACACACAGUUUGGGAAAUAGAGGCCUGCUGUAUCUUUACUCCCCUGAUUCUUUCAGGUUUCCUCGUCUCCACUCUUUCUGACUCCUCUCUCUUCUUCGUCCUCUCUUCCUUCUGUUCAGUAUGUGUAACGUGAAUCUGAUUUGUACUACUGGAUGUUCUCACCGGAGCCACAAGUACCAUCUGUAUUCUUACUGAAACACAGCAUGGAAUUAACAUUAAACUUCAAAUUGAGAAAUGUUGAAUCAA